AUUUAUCUUAGCACUUCUCUUUGCCCUUCGACUUUACCAAACCCAAAAAAUUAGAAAUUAAUCUAAACUACUAUUCCUUGAUCUUGCUCCACACAAGAAAACAUCAUCAUGGUCAAGCUCCCGUCACCAUUCGCCGAGAUUCCUCGGGUCCAGUUGCUCUUCGACCGACCCUCGGACAUCGAGCGAUUAUCGCGCCUCAGCUCAUCUAUAGAUGGGGGUGCGAACUUAUGGAUAGCUCGAGAGGACCGCAACUCAGGUCUUGCUUUUGCCGGCAAUAAAGUUCGCAAGCUGGAGUACGUCCUAGCGGAUGCCCUUGCACAAGGUGCUGAUACUCUUGUGACCACGGGCGGACUCCAGUCGAACCAUAUGUGCCAAACUUCUGCUGCUGCGGCUCGACUUGGUCUCAAGGUUGCUCUCUAUCCGGCCAAUCGUGUUGCUUCCGAAGAUGCUGAGUACAAGUAUUUGGGCAACAUCCAAGCAAACUCAAUUCUAGGUGCCGAGACCUUCUCCCCGGACACAAGCGAGGAGACUGCUAUCCAAAUUCUCAAAGAACGUGGGCAAAAGCCUUAUUCAAUUCCCGCUGGCGCGAGUACACAUCCUCUUGGUGGUUUGGGUUACGCACGCUGGGCAUUUGAGCUUCUUGAGCAGGAAACAAAGCUCGGCGUCACAUUUGACGUCAUCACCCUUGUUGCGGGUUCUUGUUCCACGCUGGGAGGUAUACUCGCAGGGCUCAAACUGGCGCAAAAAGAGGGGAUCAAAGGGUCGAAGAAACAUCUUAUUGGAUUUUCGGUUUUGUAUCCGAAGAGAGAGGAUGUUGUUGAAAAGGUGUUGAGUAUAGCAAAGAACGCAGCGUCAAAAAUUGGCGUGUCUCCGGAUGAGAUCACGGAAGACGAUUUCGAUAUCGAUACUUCUUAUAUCGGGGAAGGGUAUGGGCAGGUGAAUGAAAGCACCGCUGAUGGAAUGAAGGAGCUGGCAAGAGUGGAGGGUAUCUUGACGGAUCCUGUUUAUACGGGUAAGGCUUUUAAUGGACUGCUUCAUACGGCGAAGAGUGGCGGACUUCGUGGCAAGGAUGUUCUCUUUGUUCAUACAGGAGGACAGGCGGUUCUUGGAGCUUAUCCACAGUUAAGAUAGCCAGCUCAAGUGGAAGCGUUAUAGAGACAAUCGAGAUAGAAACUUCUAGUUAAUCAUACUCAACGUUGUUAAAUCAUU